CGAAUGAAUUUAGGUAUGAAGCUGUUUAUGAGGUAAUUAUAAAUAUAUGAAAAUGCAAAGAAAGUGUUUGCUCGUCAGUGUGCCGCAGGUCUGCCGCCGGUAGGCCGGCGAUCUACCGCCGACUGACCUGCUGCAGUCGCCGGUCGGAGAAAUCGAAAAUCGUAUAUGGUCGCCGGUCUACCGCAGGCAGACCGGCGGUAAGCUGCCGGUCCCGGGAUUAUUGCCUAUUUUGUCGGCGGUCAGGCCCCGAUCGGCUUAUCGGGAGUCAUCGGGGACGAUCGGGACCGGGAAUGUGUGAGAGCCCCUUUAGUCUUCUCCGUGGCCUUAGGAGCCGGAUACGUUUAAAAAUAAGCACAAAUUUAAGACGCCAGGAAAAGUGCUACAUAUUUAUUACCCCUGAUAUUUUUCUCUUUCUCUCUUCCCGUCGCAAGAACGUAUACGAUCACAAAGAAGUCCGGAUUUUCCUCAAGCAAUAAAUAAGCACAAGGGAUGCCGUCAUGACGUCUUUUCCUUGGAUUGAACGUCUUAUCGCGUUCUCGGUAUUACGCGCAUGUGGCCGGCCGCCAAGCAUUUCCAGCUGUCAGCUCUAAUUAUUGGCCAAUUUUCUUUAUAGAAAUUUUUAUUGGGCACAAUGUUGGGAAAAAGAACAGGAAUUAAUUAAAGAGUAAAAAGAAAAGUGUAAUAGAGGAAACAAAAGGACAGAAAAGGUAAAUGCAAAAAGAGAUCGAACACCAACUUGACUGAGUAAGCUCAGGGCUCGUGGCAGCUAGGUGAAGUGUGUAUGUGCGGUGGACUCCCAAGUCGACCGUGGUGAACGUCACCUAAACUACAACAAAACAAAAGACAAGACAGUGAAGAAGAUGAAUCACAGAAAACGGGAAGGUCUAUCAUCCGCCGGAUAUAAGGCUCAGUUCGAAUCCGGCUACGCAUGUUCCGAUGCCGGACGCAUAUUUAUAAUCUGUCUACACAAAAAUCCCCCUUCAAUGUUUGAGCUAGGGGGCUGGUUAUAGGCCAUGGGACCACGGGCUCUAAAAAAUACCACUGGCCCAAGGCUCCUCCCCCACGCAUGACAUCAUAUCUGACGUCAUAAACCUCGCCAAUCACAGCGCUACUACAGGGUGUCUAAGCAAGGUCAAAGGGAAUAAUGCGUGCAGGAGGAGCCUCGAUCGGGCCAGGGGAAUGUUAAUUUGUGUUUACCCGGAGCCUUGUCCAGGGUUUUCCUUGAUUGACUGAUUGAUUGCUUAUUGUUGCAGGUAUACAACAAAGAAAGGAAGGAACCUGCCAUCCCAACCCCCAAGCAAUACAUAAUGUGAUAGUACAACUAUUGACAUAUAUGUAGAUAGCACCAAUCCUUAGGUAGCACCAUGAUAAGAAAGAAAAAAAUCAUGGUAGCUUACAAUGGUGGGAGCCAGCAGCUGUCACAGAACUGAGAACGCUAUGCAUUGCCUGGGAGUCGGGAUGAAAUGUUACUCCCUUAAUUCUCCGUUGUUAUGUACUGUACCUUUACAAUAUUAAGCCAUUAAUCAAUCAAUCAUUACCAGCCCAGUUUCCGUUUAUAAAUCUGUCCCUCUUUGAUAAUGGAAAGCAUCACUACAUGCUACAUGGCAACUCCCACGCGGUCUUGGCCUGGGCUGGGCGGAAACAAGUUGUAAACAAACCGUUGCACCACAUUACGUCAAAGUUUCCAUAAAACACCCACGAAGAAGAAAGUUUCCUGUGAUUAUUUUCUUGUCGCCCAUCUUCUUAGUCAUAUGAUUCGUUAAGCUGUCCCGCGUCUACUGUGUGGCGACAAGAGGCUGGAGGUGCCCUGGCUGUGCUCUCUCCCUUGCCCCGUUACGUAUCGAGAUAAAAAGCAAAUACGUUUCGUGACGCAAAAAUGCCCAAGAGAGCUUGACACCACUUUACACGGUUCUUUUUUUUUUUCCUUGCACUGCCCAAUAUUCCUCGCGGUCACCCUCAAAGCCUCCCUCACUUCCUGUCCACAGACAAUCGCUGAAAGAAGUGUUUGUUCUAUCACUCGUUACAGUGUUUUGUGAGGAUUUACUUUUAUUUCUGGUUAGUUUUCAUGCUUUCAUUGUUAAAUUGCUUUGCACAUGUAAUGGGAAUAGUUAGAUUAAUUUAAAGCACAUCAAAACCUACCAGUGAAAACAGUUUUGUCUGCUACCAAGUUAGGUCUUUAAGGGGUAUUUACCUAAACUACAACAGUGAUUGCAAAUAUAUCAGGAGCUGGUGCAGCAAAGGUUAGAGCUUCGCAUCUACACCCGCCAAUCAAGGCUACCUAUACAGAAAGUGAGGUGUAUGGGGAGACACCCUUGCCCUGAAGCAGCUGAAGGGUGGCGUGGCAGGAAGUGUUUGACAAGAGGCACCACGCAAGCAGUGGCAAAACAACAACCAUGAGAGAAGAGGGUAAAAGAGAAAGCACAUUCUCUUGAUCACAUAGUUGACUUGAGAGACGAGUCAAGCCAUCAAUAGUCAUUUAGAAGUCCACCAGUCACCUUGUUUCCUGUGGCAAUGGAGUGCUCCUCCUCUCAAGAUGAUUUUGAGGAGACAUACAAGGUCCUACACUUCUUCCGCAAUGAGUGUAGUAACAUCUUGGCACAGCUCUUGGUCAAGGAGCUGAGGAACAGCAACUAUGUCAAGGGGUUACUGGAGAGCAACAGAGAAGGCACCCUUAGCAUGUCCCUCUUCAGGCUACUGAAGACUGUGAGCUCGAAAGGAAAGAAGAAAGCAUCAAAGAAAAGUCAAUGCACGACAGAAGAACCCGGCAGUUUCUCUAAAACUCAGCACCUCAAUAACCUAAAGUACAACGAGGAUGACCUCGCUCCUAUACAAAUCGGACAAAUGCUGCUGGAGGAAGGUGAGACAGUUUCAACUGUUGAACGCCUCAGUAACCUUGAUUCUGCAUUCCUUCUCUGGAUCCUCACCAAUGAAAUCCUUGAAUUCCCUCACACACAAGAGGUGAAUGAGGCUCUGGCCACCCUAAGGGAGAUCAGGAACAGCAUCUACCAUAGGGACAGUUACAAGAACAGCAACAAGAGUGUACCAGAGCUGCUUGAUCAGCUCUGCACAAUGGCCAAGUUUCUAUGCCAGUAUCUGGGCAAAGAUGAUGCCUAUUUCCAGAGUUACAUGUCUUACACGCCAAGCAGUUUCAGCCCAAUAUUUAGAGAGCUGCAGCAAGAGAUCUACAACAGCUACCUUGACAGCAUCCUCCGACGAGACUCUUACCAUCACCAGAUCAUGCAGCCCACCAUCAAGCACAUCAGAGGGGACUGCCGGUCAGAUGAGAUUGUGGAGAACCUGGUAAAUUUUUUGGCUGAGAAUCAGGUGCGAGUGAGUGAGGAGCCCCGCCCGGUCCUGUUGUGUGGGGCGGCCGGGGCUGGCAAAACCUCCACCCUGCACUGUCUGACCCUUACUGUUAUUCAUAAGCAGUGUAGUGAUGGAAGCUUCCCUUUGGUGGUGAGGGUGGACGAGAUAGAGAUGAAGUACAAAACAAGGGAGGAGUUCUGGAAGUGUCUGUUCAAGCAACUCGCUAAACUCUGUCCACAAGCAGAGAAAAAAUAUGGCCAAGAGGAAGUGGUCAGUGUCUUGUCGAGCUACUCCAACAGUAACAGUUUCCUCUUCCUGAUGGACCAGAACAUCCAGGGCACAAGGAGCCUCAACUCCCUGAUGCCUUACAUGGACCGUGGGACGUGGGUGCUGUCCUACCGGGGGGUGCCAGAUCCCUCCAAUUUCUACCGUGUGCUCAAGAUGGAGUCUCUCUCGGAGGGUCAGGUCAAUCAGUUGCUGUCUGCAAUCAUCAAGCCCAAGGAGCAGUGUAACCUUGUGUCUCAGUUGUAUGAGAGGUGUGACUAUAAGGGACUCAUUGAUACUCCAGACAUGGUGUGCAUUUUUGCCAAGGUCUGCUUGGAGAUACAAAGUUGCGAUUCCUUCUAUAGGCUCAUUCAGAUUUACAUAUACAAAAAUAUUCCUGCAACAGAUGAGAAUGAAACAGAGUUGAUAAAGCUGGGGAAAAAGGCAUUUCAUACAAUAAAACUAAACAAGAAGUAUUAUGAAGAAACUUCUUUGAAUGACAUAGCAGACAUUGUGUGGCGUUUGUUCCUGGAGCCUGCCCAAUCAAAGAGAUUCUUCUUCAAAUAUCGGGUAGUGGAAGAUUACCUGGCAGCCAAGUAUGUUGUGAAGGAGACCGAGGUGGCCUGCGAGUCGUGGCUGAAACAAGCGACACUCUUCAAGAGGGUGUUUGAGAUAGUGUGUGCCUUUUGGUGCAAGGAAGAGGACGGCAUCAAGAACAACCUCCCCUACAUCAGGAAGUACCUUCAGAAGCUGUUUGAAAUUGGGCCUCACAAAACAAGAAGAAAGAAAAGGAAAGAGGAAGCAAUGGAAACUGACGAGAUUGCCAAGGACAAUGAUCAUGCCACCAAUCAAAACAACUUUGUGCGAUGGAAUUUCUUAUCAAAACUGGCAAAGGACAACCAGAACAAUCAAGACAUCUUGCUCAUACUAGCAGAACUCUUGGCCUGCAAAAAUUCCUGGCUCUUUAAAUGCAAAUCAGUAACUGAAAAAUGCUUAGACAACCUUUCUCUGGUGUUUAGGCAUAUUAAACUAACUAAAGAGCUAACCAUCAAGCUGGAAAGUGGCCCCAACGUGGCCAUGCUAACCAAGCUGUGGGGUAUGCUCAGUGACCAUGAGGGGGUCUGCAGCAACACCACCGUCCAGCUGGUCAUCCAUUACACUGAGACAAACUGGAUCAUGCAUGAAAAAUUCCUCACAAUGUUUCCUGCCACUGUAGCUCAGACCACAGCACCACUCUACAUCACCAAGUAUGUGGGUCCCCUGCUGUGCUCUGGGACCGAACAGUUCCUGAAGUGCUUGUGCAUGCAACGGCUGGAUGUUCUGGAUGCUUAUGUGUGUGACUUUGGCUCCUUACGUGAGGUUUUGGAACACCGACAGAAGCUGAGGAGUGUUGUUGUGAGGCUUAACUUUAGAGUAGCAGAAUUGGAGAUACCAAACAUAAUGAUAAAGCUGUCCUCCUCCUUCCCUCUCAACCUCACCAUCACCUACUUUGAGGGUUUACAGGCACUGCUAGACAAGAUUGAGUCACCGCGUCGCCUCUCCUCUCUUAGAAUCUACAGAGUUUAUAUUCAUGAAGGCUUCCAUUUGGACUUAAGUCGUUUCUCAAAGCUGGAAUUCCUGUCCAUCAAAUUUGUUCAUAUGGGAAAGUUACCAUCUCACUAUCUGUUAGAAGUGUCUGAAGAGAAGAUGGAGGUGGAUGACAUUGAAAACAAAAGAAAAGUCUCCCGGCUGCCCCUUGAACAGUGGGCAUUACAGCUUGUACUCAAUCUGCACCUCCCUGCAAGGCUGGGGAGACUACUGUUGAGGAACCUCUCAUUCUGUGAUGAUACCAAUAUACCCAUUUUAAACAGGUACUGGAGGGGGCUGCCAUUUCAGAGACUAGUCCUGUUAGAUACUCAUCUCUCCAUGUCAAAGUUCAAAGAAAUCUUGCAGAGCCUCGUUAAUGAUUCCAAAGUAGACGAUGUCAGAGAAAGUCUUGAAAAGAGAUGUCGAUUAGAAGAGGAGGAUCCAGAAUCUCUAAAGAAUGCCAUGAAGCAAGAGCGUCUUGUGAGACAAGAAAGGGAGAAUAAAAGACGGCAUAAGCCAGAGGGGAAGGAAGUGAUAAUUACUAGUGAUGCCAAGCUGUGCAGCGAGUGCCACCUCUUGUCCUGCACCUGUGUCCAACCCAGCAUCAGCCACAGCAGGGACACCUACCACGACUUUGUCACCUUGGUGAAUGACAUCUACUCUUAUGAGAUCCUCAGCAUCAGCUACAACAGCAAGGACAUCAUACUGAGGAAGGACUUGUGUGGAGACCUGCACCUACAGUGUCCGUUAGCCUUCCUGAACGAUGAGAUGGCAGAGCGACUCGAGUCGGCAAACCCUGAGUUGUUGCAGGGGCACAGGUACCUGCAAGAGCUGAGCCUGGUACUGGGAGCCCUGGCCCUGGCUCAGGCCAUUAGCCUGACUCACACUCACCUUUCCCACAAAGGCGCUCUUUGUCUGUUGAAACACCUAAAGAAGAAGAAGCAACAGUUUGGCAGUAUUGAACCCUUCAGGCUGACUAUUUUCUCCCGCUAUUACCACACCUGCUCCAAAUCUGUUGAAGAAAUGCGACAUAGCCCCUUCACGAGGGAGAUACAGAAAGAUGACAGCUUGCAGCAGUUCAACUUCCGAUGUAACUGUAUGAAGAGGUGCCAUAAUUUCAAGAAGUCCAUUAAUGGCACUAUAUAUUUCAAUGAUGUUCUCUUUAAUGGAAAAUGAAGGAUAAUUCAGUGCUCAUCAGAACUUCAGACAAAAACUUACAUCACCUGUUAAUACUCAUUCACUUUAAAUAUAUAUUAUGCUAAUACAAUUAUGCACCUUAUAAUUUUUAAGCUUGAUAGGCUUGAGUGGGGAAAGAAAUUGGUUCCAGGCUCCCUGGCAGUGUUAUGUUGGCAAUGUACGAUACAGGCAGCCUCACUUAUCACUCAGUAGGGACAUACAGGGUUGCCUUCCCCACCCUUCAGUGUUAUUGUAAGAGGUGCAUUCUUCUUUUAAGAGAGCACAAAUG